GAGUGCUGUCCUCCCUGGAUUGUGAUACGGUUGAGCCUAGAUCGUUCCCUGUCAAGUGACGUCGGAUGGAUACGUUUAUUUAUACCGUUACCUUCCCCCGUCCUAUCCUCCUGGGCCCUCUCUUUCCCUUCCUCGUCCAUCUUUAUUCCUCGCCACCUCUCCUCCCAUCACCGGGAUCCCACGGAACAAGCGAGCCGACUUGUUCUCUCCCAUUUCUACCUUCCUUUACACCGACAGAGUAAAGUGAACCAAGAGACAGAAAAGCCCGCCGCCACCAUGGCCUCCUCGCAGGAAAAGGUCGCCUUCGAGAACGUCGAAGGCGCCGACUCGGACCAUGCCGGCAACAGGAUGGCCCCCAUUUCGGCCGACGACUUCGGCUUCUCCCCCGCCGAGCAGAAGAGGAUCAUGCGCCACGUCGACCGCCGCCUGGUACUGACCGUCGGCGCCAUGUACUGCAUCAGCCUGAUGGACCGCACGAACCUGGGCGCCGCUAACAUUGCGGGAAUGGAGAAAGAUCUGGAGUUGAAGAUUGGGGAUCGAUAUAGUAUCAUUUCGCUCGUCUUCUUCGUUACCUAUAUUGUCUUUCAGCCCCCAUCAACCAUCAUCGUGCGCAAGGUCGGCCCGCGUUUGCAUCUGGCCGCCAUCACCAUACUCUGGGGUGGUUGCAUGAUCGGGAUGGGCUUCGUGAACAACUGGGAGGAAAUGGCCGGGAUGAGAGUUUUGCUGGGUUUCUUGGAAGCUGGCUUUUUCCCAAGUUGUGUCUACCUGCUGAGCACUUGGUACACAAGAUACGAGGUUGGUAAGCGGAACUCGGUAUUUUAUAUAGUCGGCUGCGUCGCUGCCGCCUUUGCUGGUAUCUUGGCCUACGGACUCAUGCAAAUGGGCGGCCUUGCCGGGCUGAACGGCUGGCGCUGGAUCUUCAUCAUCGAGGGUAUCAUGACUGUGGUGCUUGGUAUGAUUGGGUACUGGUUACUAGUUGACUUCCCCGACGCGAAGCGCAAGAGCUGGAGCUUUCUUGGGGCGAGGGAAAAGGAGUGGGUAUGCGCUCGCGUCAACGCCGACCGUGGCGACGUCAAGGCACAGCCCUUCUCGAUGGCCAAGUAUCUCCGCGCCGGCACGGACAUCAAGGUGUGGGCGUACGCCAUGAUCUUCUUCAACACCACCACCGUUACCUACGCGCUCGCCUACUUCCUCCCCCUUAUCCUCACCGGGAACAUGGGCUUCACCGUCGCCCAGUCGCAGUGCCUCGUGGCACCCCCCUACGUCUUCGCCGGCAUCAUCAUGUACGGCACGGGUUGGGCCGGCGACAAGUACCGGCUCCGCGGGCCCAUCGUCCUCUUCAACUGCAUGCUGUGUAUCAUCGGCCUCCCGAUCAUGGGCUUCCACUCGAGUCCCGCUGUCCGCUACUUUGGCGUCUUCCUCGUCACCGCCGGCGCCAACGCCAACGUGCCCGCCGCCAUGUCGUACCAGGCCAACAACAUCCGCGGCCAGUGGAAGCGCGCCUUCUGCAGCGCCACCUUCGUCUCGUUCGGCGGCAUCGGCGGUAUCGCCGGCAGUCUGGUCUUCCGCGCCCAGGACAUGCCGCACUACCGUCCGGGCCUGUACGCCUGCAUCGCGACGACGCUCCUGACUAUGCUUAUCGUGGGCGCGCUCACUCUCGACUUCUGGCGCCUCAACAAGAAGGCCGAUCGGGGCGAGAGGGAGCUUGAGUGUGAUGCGGAUGAUAACUACGAGCCUGGGUUCCGCUAUACUUACUAAGUUUUGAGUGUGGGAUGUUGAUGAGCGGGUAACUUAAUGAGCGAUAUCAAUGGCAGUCAUGUUUUGGGUUUGGGACUAAGAGGCCGGGUUGUUUAGCGACUGUGAUGAGAUACCAC